GUUAUUUUUUUUUAAUUGAAAAUCUUACAGUAUAUAAGAAGUAUCGGGGUUGGGUUUAGGAUCAUAACAAAUCAAAUCAAAGAUAAAAAAAGAUAUUUGAAAGAAGAAGCGUUAUUUUCGAAGAAGAAAGAGGAAAAUGGCGGAAGAGGGACAAGUGAUCGGUGUUCACACCGUGGAUGCUUGGAAGGAACAGUUAGAGAAGGGAAAAGCCUCAAAGAAACUGAUUGUAGUUGAUUUCACUGCUUCUUGGUGCGGUCCAUGCCGUUUUAUUGCCCCAAUUUUGGCAGAGAUUGCUAAAAAGCUUACACAUGUCACUUUCCUUAAGGUUGACGUGGAUGAAUUGAAGACUGUUUCCGAGGAGUGGGGAAUUGAAGCUAUGCCAACAUUCUUGUUCUUGAAAGAUGGUGAACUUGUGGACAAAGUUGUGGGUGCCAAGAAGGAGGAGCUGCAAUUGAAAAUUGACAAGCAUGCAGCUUGAAGGGUCAUGAACAAAACUUUGUUUAUUUUGAGUCAGUUUGCAUUUAUAUUAUGUCAGUUUGGCUGUUUUCAGUAUGGUUGGAAUUUAGAAAUGUAGAACAUGGUUGGAUGGAUAUGUGAAUAAAAUCGUUUGUGUGGUAGUACUUGAAACACUUUGGCUAAUGAACUAGCAAUAAGACAGGCAGAUAACUUGCAUUA